GGCUGCGGGGGCGGCGCGGGCGAGGCUGCGGAGGAGGCGGCCAAGGACCUGGCCGACAUCGCGGCCUUCUUCCGAUCCGGGUUUCGAAAAAACGAUGAAAUGAAAGCUAUGGAUGUUUUGCCAAUUUUAAAAGAAAAAGUCGCCUACCUUUCAGGCGGUAGAGAUAAGCGUGGCGGCCCCAUUUUGACGUUUCCGGCCCGCAGCAAUCAUGACAGAAUACGACAGGAGGACCUGCGGAGACUCAUCUCCUACCUGGCCUGUAUCCCCAGUGAAGAAGUCUGCAAGCGAGGGUUCACAGUGAUUGUGGACAUGCGUGGGUCCAAGUGGGACUCCAUCAAGCCCCUCCUCAAGGUCCUGCAGGAGUCGUUCCCCCGCUGCAUUCACGUCGCGCUGAUCAUCAAGCCAGACAACUUCUGGCAGAAACAGAGGACUAACUUUGGCAGUUCUAAAUUUGAAUUUGAGACAAAUAUGGUCUCUUUAGAAGGCCUUACCAAAGUAGUGGAUCCUUCUCAGCUCACCCCGGAGUUUGACGGCUGCCUGGAAUACAACCAUGAGGAGUGGAUUGAGAUCAGAGUUGCGUUUGAAGACUACGUCAGUAAUGCCACCCACAUGCUGUCCCGGCUGGAGGAGCUGCAGGACAUCCUGGCUAAGAAGGAGUUGCCUCAGGACCUCGAGGGGGCCCGCAAUAUGAUCGAGGAACAUUCCCAGAUGAAGAAGAAGGUGAUCAAGGCCCCUAUCGAGGACUUGGAUUUAGAGGGCCAGAAAUUGCUGCAGAGGAUUCAGAGCAGCGAUAGCUUUCCCAAAAAGAACUCGGGGUCUGGCAACGUGGACCUGCAGAGCCUCGUACCCAAGGUGUCCAGCAUGCUGGACAGGCUGCACUCGACCCGGCAGCAUCUGCAUCAGAUGUGGCACGUGAGGAAGCUGAAACUGGACCAGUGCUUCCAGCUGAGGCUGUUUGAACAGGAUGCCGAGAAGAUGUUUGACUGGAUCACACACAACAAAGGCCUGUUUCUGAACAGCUACACGGAGAUUGGGACCAGCCACCCUCAUGCGAUGGAGCUGCAGACACAGCACAAUCACUUUGCUAUGAACUGUAUGAACGUGUAUGUGAACAUAAACCGCAUCAUGUCGGUGGCGAAUCGCUUGGUGGAGUCCGGCCACUAUGCCUCUCAGCAGAUCAAGCAGAUUGCGAACCAGCUGGAGCAGGAGUGGAAGGCGUUUGCAGCGGCCCUCGAUGAGCGGAGCACCUUGCUGGACAUGUCCUCCAUCUUCCACCAGAAGGCGGAGAAGUAUAUGAGCAAUGUGGAUUCGUGGUGCAAAGCCUGCGGUGAGGUUGAUCUCCCCUCAGAGUUACAGGACCUGGAAGAUGCCAUUCAUCACCACCAGGGGAUAUAUGAACACAUCACGCUUGCUUAUUCAGAGGUGAGCCAAGAUGGGAAGUCCCUCCUUGACAAGCUUCAGCGACCCUUGACGCCUGGCAGCUCUGACUCCUUGACGGCCUCUGCCAACUACUCCAAGGCCGUGCACCAUGUCCUUGAUGUCAUCCAUGAGGUGCUACACCACCAGCGGCAGCUGGAGAACAUCUGGCAGCACCGCAAGGUCCGGCUGCACCAGCGGCUGCAGCUGUGUGUCUUCCAGCAGGAUGUUCAGCAGGUGCUGGACUGGAUCGAGAACCAUGGAGAAGCAUUUCUGAGCAAGCAUACAGGGGUGGGGAAAUCUCUUCACCGAGCCAGAGCUUUGCAGAAACGUCAUGAAGAUUUUGAAGAGGUAGCACAGAACACAUACACCAAUGCAGAUAAAUUGCUAGAAGCAGCGGAGCAGCUAGCUCAGACUGGGGAAUGUGACCCGGAAGAGAUUUAUCAGGCUGCCCAUCAGCUUGAAGACCGGAUACAAGAUUUCGUCCGGCGUGUGGAGCAGAGGAAGAUCUUACUGGACAUGUCGGUGUCCUUUCACACCCACGUAAAGGAGCUGUGGACCUGGCUGGAAGAGCUGCAGAAGGAGCUGCUGGACGACGUGUACGCGGAGUCGGUGGAGGCAGUGCAGGACCUCAUCAAGCGCUUCGGCCAGCAGCAGCAGACCACCCUGCAGGUGACCGUCAACGUCAUCAAGGAAGGCGAGGACCUCAUCCAGCAGCUGAGGGACUCGGCCAUCUCUAGCAACAAGACCCCCCACAACAGCUCCAUCAAUCACAUUGAGACGGUGCUGCAGCAGCUGGACGAGGCGCAGUCGCAGAUGGAGGAGCUGUUCCAGGAGCGUAAGAUCAAGCUGGAGCUCUUCCUGCAGCUGCGCAUCUUCGAGCGGGACGCCAUCGACAUCAUCUCAGACCUCGAGUCUUGGAAUGAUGAGCUUUCCCAGCAAAUGAACGACUUUGACACGGAAGACCUCACAAUAGCCGAGCAGCGCCUCCAGCACCAUGCGGACAAAGCCCUGACCAUGAAUAACCUGACCUUCGAUGUCAUCCACCAAGGGCAGGACCUUCUGCAGUAUGUCAACGAAGUACAAGCCUCAGGUGUGGAGCUGCUUUGUGAUAGAGACGUGGAUAUGGCAACACGGGUCCAGGACUUGCUGGAGUUCCUUCAUGAAAAGCAGCAGGAACUGGACUUGGCAGCAGAGCAGCAUCGGAAACACCUGGAGCAGUGUGUACAACUCCGCCAUCUGCAGGCUGAAGUCAAGCAGGUGCUGGGUUGGAUCCGCAACGGAGAGUCCAUGUUGAAUGCCGGCCUCAUCACAGCCAGCUCCUUGCAGGAGGCGGAGCAGCUGCAGAGGGAGCACGAGCAGUUCCAGCAUGCCAUCGAGAAAACACAUCAGAGCGCUCUGCAGGUGCAGCAGAAGGCCGAGGCCAUGCUGCAGGCCAAUCACUAUGACAUGGACAUGAUCAGGGACUGCGCCGAGAAGGUGGCCUCCCACUGGCAGCAGCUGAUGCUCAAGAUGGAAGACCGUCUCAAGCUCGUGAACGCGUCGGUUGCCUUCUACAAAACCUCAGAGCAGGUGUGCAGUGUCCUCGAGAGCCUGGAGCAGGAGUACAAGAGGGAAGAAGACUGGUGCGGAGGAGCCGACAAGCUGGGCCCUAAUUCUGAGACGGACCAUGUCACGCCAAUGAUCAGCAAGCACCUGGAACAGAAGGAAGCAUUCCUGAAGGCUUGCACACUUGCUAGAAGGAACGCAGAUGUCUUCCUAAAAUACCUGCACAGGAAUAGUGUGAACAUGCCGGGAAUGGUGACGCACAUCAAAGCUCCUGAGCAACAAGUUAAAAAUAUCUUGAAUGAACUCUUCCAGCGGGAGAACAGGGUAUUGCACUACUGGACCAUGAGGAAGAGACGGCUGGACCAGUGCCAGCAGUACGUGGUCUUCGAAAGAAGCGCCAAGCAGGCGUUAGAAUGGAUCCAUGAUAACGGGGAGUUCUACCUUUCCACGCACACCUCCACAGGUUCAAGCAUACAGCACACCCAGGAGCUCCUGAAAGAGCAUGAGGAGUUCCAGAUAACCGCAAAGCAAACCAAAGAGCGAGUGAAGCUGUUGAUACAGCUGGCUGAUGGCUUUUGUGAAAAGGGGCAUGCCCAUGCGGCAGAGAUAAAAAAAUGUGUCACCGCUGUGGACAAGAGGUACAGAGACUUCUCUGUUCGGAUGGAGAAGUACAGGACCUCUUUGGAGAAAGCCCUGGGGAUUUCUUCAGAUUCCAACAAAUCGAGUAAAAGUCUUCAACUGGAUAUCAUCCCCGCCAGCACCCCGGGGUCAGAGGUGAAGCUCCGGGAUGCAGCUCACGAGCUGAACGAGGAGAAGCGGAAGUCAGCUCGCAGGAAAGAGUUCAUAAUGGCUGAGCUGAUUCAGACUGAAAAGGCUUACGUAAGAGAUCUUCGGGAGUGUAUGGAUACCUACCUGUGGGAAAUGACGAGCGGUGUGGAGGAGAUCCCGCCCGGCAUCGUCAACAAAGAGCUCGUCAUCUUCGGCAACAUGCAGGAGAUCUACGAGUUCCAUAACAACAUUUUCCUAAAGGAGCUGGAAAAAUACGAGCAGUUGCCAGAGGACGUCGGCCAUUGCUUUGUUACUUGGGCAGACAAGUUUCAGAUGUAUGUCACUUAUUGCAAAAAUAAGCCUGACUCCACUCAGCUGAUAUUAGAGCAUGCGGGAUCCUAUUUUGAUGAGAUACAGCAGCGGCAUGGAUUAGCCAAUUCUAUCUCUUCCUACCUUAUCAAGCCAGUUCAGCGAAUUACCAAGUAUCAGCUCCUUUUAAAAGAGCUGCUCACCUGCUGUGAAGAAGGGAAAGGAGAGAUUAAGGAUGGCCUGGAGGUGAUGCUCAGUGUACCAAAGCGAGCCAACGACGCCAUGCACCUCAGCAUGCUGGAAGGGUUCGAUGAAAACAUCGAGUCUCAGGGAGAACUCUUCCUGCAGGAAUCCUUCCAAGUGUGGGACCCCAAAACCUUAAUUCGGAAGGGUCGAGAACGGCAUCUCUUCCUCUUUGAAAUGUCCUUAGUCUUUAGUAAAGAAGUGAAAGAUUCCAGUGGGAGAAGCAAGUACCUUUAUAAAAGCAAGUUGUUUACCUCAGAAUUGGGCGUCACAGAGCACGUUGAAGGAGAUCCUUGCAAAUUUGCACUGUGGGUGGGGAGAACGCCAACUUCAGAUAAUAAAAUUGUCCUUAAGGCUUCCAGCAUAGAGAACAAACAGGACUGGAUAAAGCACAUUCGAGAAGUGAUACAGGAAAGGACCAUUCAUCUGAAAGGAGCCCUCAAGGAGCCAAUCCACAUUCCCAAAACCGCCCCUGCAACGAGACAGAAGGGAAGGAGGGAUGGAGAGGACCUGGACAGCCAAGGCGAUGGCAGCAGCCAGCCUGACACCAUUUCUAUUGCCUCCCGGACGUCUCAGAACACACUGGACAGUGAUAAGAUUUGUAUUGGUCGUCCCCUGUGCGCCGUGCUUUGGACAGGGGGAACAAAGAAGACAAUAACCCUCUCCCUGCCUCAUGGGUGUGCUCUGGGUAAUGGCCUUUUCUUCUUUUUAUUAAUCUGUAUUUUCCCUUUCUCUAGGUGAAUCUUGCCUUUUUUUUUUUUUCAAUAACACUUUUUCCUUUGAGUACUCUCAUCAAACCACAUAAUGAAUCUUGCUUUUGAUAACUUUAGUCACCCAAUCAGAAAAAACAACCCCCUCCAAGCUAAAGUAAAAAGUCUCAGUUCUAAGAAAAGGCAGAUUUAAGAAAAAAAAAUAUUUUUUGUUAGAAACAUAAUAAAAGUGUUUAUGAAAAUAGAGUACCAAAAAAUGCUUUUAAAUAUAAAUUUUACAUUAGAUGACCAAAGCUGCUACUGAAGAUGAGUUCGACAGUUUAGUCUAGUCACUCUUCUUGGCGGUGAGAUGCCCAGCUAGCUGGAGAACUGACUAUUUGGCGAGUUCCUCAGAUCACUGUCCCUCAGUUAAAGACAAGAAGAGACAUUUUCAUAUUGUAUUUCCUGAGUAAAAGAUUGUCUUGGUGGCUCAGGAAAUGGAGCCAGCAGGUUUCUUCAGGUUAGAUUGUCCUGAGACAUUUCCAGGGCCUGGUGAGGACACUUGUGAUGAAGGUGGUCUUCAGCUGUCUACUUCUUCACAACACUCUUUUCUUUUUCCCUUUACAACCGACUCGGCUGUUAGAAACCAUGCCGACUCCCUGCUCUGCAGCACCCAGUCAGCAAGUGCCACAGCACCCACCUACAUCCUCCAUGCUGGUGUGUGUAAAGUGAGGGACCACGACGCUGGCCCAGAUCAUCCCUGCAGGAUCCUGGAGACCUGAUGAUAUUAGCCAUUCUCUCUGACUUGCCUAGUUUUUUACUUUUAAUGUUUGCUGUUUUAGUUGUAUCUUUAAAAUGUGGCUUCUUUACGUAUAAUUUCCCAUGAUAAUUCAUGUGUACGAUACAUUCAAGGAAGCCCUCCAAGGAUUAUUUUCGCAUUAGUAAAGUGCUUGGGCAUAACGUAUUUUGGCUGCUCAGUAGCUAAAUACUGUGUACUGAAUGCAUACAGUUAUGAAAGAAGAGGAAAUCUCUUGCUUAAAUCAUUCUUCCAGCAGCUCCUCUUUAUUCCUGAUGAAAUUAACACCUCACCCCCCAAAUACCACCCUCACCACUUCCCUCCUGGAUAAAAUGCCAGGUAUGAUAAAGUGAGAAGCCCUGGUGGCACAGUGGUUAAGCGCUCAGGUGCUAACCAAAAGGUCAGUGAUUUGAACCCACCAGCCACUCUGAGGGAGAAAAGGCCUGGCAAUCUGCUCCCGUAAAGAUUACAACCAGGGGAUCCCUAUGGGGUAUUUCUAUUCUGUCCUUUAGGGUCAGUGUGAGUUAGAAUCGACUCCACAGCAACAGGUUAUGGUAAAGUGCUGGUUUUGAACAUUUUUUUCUCAUAAAUUUCUUUUCAUACCCCCAGUGUGAGAGCCUGCCUGUCACAGUGGUCCUCUUUCAAACUCUCGGCAGCAGAUUUCAGGAGGCCCUUCCCUUUCAACUUGGCUGCACAUAAACCCAGUCUGGUCGGCAUAAGCAGAGGAAGCCUGUUCUUCAUGUGAAGAGGGCUGCUAGUAAGCUUCAGUCUCCAGGAGGCUGCCCAGCACAGAAGUGGGAGAGGGUAGAAACCUGAGGUGCAGCGGAAUUUAUUUGGGGAGUGGCUCUGGCUGCCCAUAGUUGCCUUUCUUUUGUAACCAUUGCCAGCCAUGGAUCUGUACUCCCUAAUCCCUUUUAACAAAGUAGUCAUUUUUAGGUCGACUCCUUGUGAAACCUUCACGAAACCACAAGGCCCUUUUGUGAGGUUUUUGAGUGACUAAACUGAAGCAGGCUGCGGGAUGUGACUGCUCACAACGGUUGAUACGCUUUGUUCUUUAGGGGAAAAUGGCUCUUAUUAGGCCACAUUCCCCAUUUCCUUUUGAAUCGCUCUCAGAAAGCGGGCCAGACACCCACCUGCAGUGGAUCUUGAACACAUUUGGCUUUGGACUGAGAGGAGAGUCAUUUGCAGCAAGGACCCUGCGUCAUGUGCCAUGCUGUCGAAAAGAGCCCUCUCCGCCUCCAUAGAACUUGCCAGAAUUCAUCCAGAGCGUAGUAAUUCAAACCAGGUGUGGGCUCUUGUCUAUCAAGAGCCCUGUGUUCCUGUAACCUAAAACUGCCUUGAUACAGCACACCAGGUCAGGGGGCUCUGAGGAGCCAGCGAGAGUGUACCCAAGUCCCCAGUGUGGGAAGUCCCAGCAAAGGAGAUGUCUUAGCUCCUGCCAUUGUUAACUGGGUUCAGGCAUGGCAAUGAUGUGACACGGUUUCCGCAGAAAUAAAAACAUAAAGACUAAAAUCCCUGUCCGUGUGGCGAGCAUAGAAGGCUCAAGUGUGUGGAGAGACUAGUAUUAUGUUCAUUUGGAUGAAAUGCAGCAAGUUUUUCGUUUUCGAUUGUUCUGGAGAGAAUUCAGGGAAACGAGCCCUGGGUUGACUUUGACGUUGCCAUGCGUCUUGGUUAUUGGCAUUUCCAGUGGCCAUGUUACAUGGAUCGGCAUGGUCCUUGAGGUGUAUCCCUGUGGUGUCUGUGGUCCAGGUGAGGCCAUUUUACUGACAUGUGUAUUAGUUGGCAAAGCUGAAAAUCUGUCUUCUCAUGUGAGUCAUGGAAAUUGAGAUUUUCAUAAAUUAUAACCCAAACUGUGUGCGCACGGUAGGGAGCCCAGAAUAGAAGUCCGUAAAACAUGCAAACUUGAAAAAAAAUGCUGUGAAAACGUUUAUAAAAGAUGGUUGGAACAGAAAAGUUAGUGUUUAAACAAAACAAAUGGAAAUUCAUUUGAUGUAGUGAUGACACUGGGUCACUAGGGGUAGAAGUGUCAUUGAAAGCAAACAAAACCUCAGCCGUUUCUAAUGAUGUAGAUAAUGCGUGAUGAUAUGUAACCUGAACGUUAUCUAGUUAGGUUGAAUUUAAUUCUUCAAAAAGGCAGUAGUGUUUCGCACUGCUUCCUUCAAGUGUUGUUAUACGUCCUUACUAUUAAAAUUGUUUUUAAGUUAGUUUGGGGCAAAGGACCUAGUUUUAUCCUAAGUAAGGUAGCCUUUGUCCUUAGCUGUGGAGAAGUAGCCUUGGGAGUGAUUGAGGUGCCUUGGUCUGGGACCUCCAGGCCACACCUAAAGAUUUGUGCUAGUGAAUUGGAGCUGACCAGAUCACCUGGGAAGCUGAUAUCAUCUAGCCUCAGGAGGCACGAUUUAACCUAUGAUGCAGGACUAGCCUAUAAAAGCCCCGAACGUUAAGGCUCAGAGAGCUUCCGUUUUGGUGAGAAUAUUUGUUCUCGUAAAGGUAGUGCAUCCCUUGGGACAUGGAAGCUCCAUGUUGGGAAACCUCCCAGACCUUGGCCUAUGUGCCUCUUCAUUUAUAUCCUUUUCGGCUAUAAUAAGCCUGUAGUUUUAAGUAUAGUCUCCACAAGUUCUGUAAGUCGUUCUAGCAAAUGAUCGAACCCAUAGGGGCAAGCAGAGCCAGCAGGUCAGAAAGUAAGGGUGUUGUGUGGACUCCCCAGCUUGCGGCUGACAUCGUGAAGGGGUAGUGGGAAACCAGCCCCAAAUCUGCAGCUGGCAGCUGCUGAGUUGGUGUAAGGAUGGUGUUCUUUUAACUUGUGGGCUUUGACCUAGCUCUGGGUGGCCAGGGUCAGAGGGAGAGAGUACCACUGGGGUGACUGGUGAUGAGAAUGGAGAAGUUGGAAGGUUGGGACUGGAUCAGUCUCUGUAUCUUAGGCAUUGGGUUCAUGCUGACCCAUACCACACAAUUAGCAAACCCAAUUUUAAAGAGACAUUUGGUAAGAAGAAAUUUAUAAUAUUUAAGUGUUUGCAUGGAGACAGAAAUCCAUGGGGCGCCUCUUCUCUGGGCUAGAAAACAUCCAUUUAAUCAUCCCUUUAAAGAUGUGUCAUAGGGUCGCUGUGAGUCGGAAUCAACUCAACAGCAGUGGGUUUGGCUUUAGGUUUGGUUGAAGAUGUGUACAAGAGAUUUUUUUAUAGGUAAAGCCAGUUGAUUAGGGGACAUUAUGUUUUGUUUGUUUUUGUUUCUUACAUGAGCAUCAUAGUUCUGUUUGAAAAUAGAUUAUUCUGGCACUAGAUUUCGUAAGCAAGUUCUCUAAAGUCUUUGAAAAAAUUAUAUACGAUUCUUUGUAAGAACAGGUUUGGUUUUUAUUUUUUUAUGCUCUGUCAAGUACACAGAUGUUUCCAAUAGUUUUUGAUUACUCUGUAAAGGGCUAAAAUAAUCCAUGCCAGAAACAAAGUCUAGCUUAAUUCCCAUCUUGAGCAGCCCCUUUCAGCCCUUCCCACCCUUCCCCCAUGCACAGAAUGCACCACAUGGCUUUGAACCUUCUGGAAAAAUGAAUAAAACUCUCAAGAAUAAAGCAGGCAAAGGGCUGGCAUGCAGCAAUGUGUGGUGAAGCCCUCCUUCCCAGGAUCAGGAACGGGGCUGCUUGGGGAAGCUCAGGGCCUCUGACAAGAAUGUGUGACCAGUGUCUGUGGAGGGCUCUGCUAGUGACGACACGCUGUGCCCACGCAGCGCAGGCAGGCGGUGACAGGGCUGGCAGCUGGCGGUCAUGAGAAAGCCCGCCGGGACCUCCCCUGCGGUUUGUGAGGACGGGAGAGAGCCCACAGGAAACACAGGUCCUGAGGGGCUGUGCAAACUAGGGGCUCGUUGACAGGCCAUGUUUUCCCUGGAACAGGGACCAUUCCUCCUUUUUGUCACAGGGAUUAAUCGUUUCAAUAACAUGUGGUUUUACGAGGAAAAUUCCUUUCUAGGCUGAGCCUCCACCUUUAACCUCAUAACAUUAGCAUCUUGAUUGUUCACGCAGAAAUGGGUAAAAAAUUUAGCAUGGUUUUUCCACAGUGAAAAGCUUCCUUUGUGGCCUAGAAAAGAUGAAUAGUUCUGCCCCUGGUUGUGUUUCAUUGUGGAAGAGUUUUCUCGUGUUUGUUUUUUUCCUGCUUGUCUAAGGGACAUGUGUUUCUUAUUCUAAAUAUCUGGACUUUUCCUUGAGAGGCAGGCCAUUAGGAGGGAAAUGAGCAGCACAGAGCAUUCACAGGGCUGGCAGAGAGCCAGCGCAUAGGCAGGCUGCCCGAGAAACCACGCGGGAGCCUGAGCCCUGGGAGGACGUUGUGCAGGGUAGACUCUGUCACUAGGGUGGUUCCCAGAAUGAGCUGUGGGAGGAGGUGCGAGCCUCAGUUCUCUAGAGGACGUUGUGCAGGGUGGACUCGGUCACUAGGGUGGUUCCCAGUAUGAGGCUUGGCCCUUCCCCUCUUGCCUCCUCAGACAUGGCUUCUCCCCAGUUGCCACACUGACUUUGUCCCCAGUGCCGGGAGCCCAGCAGUGCACCCCCGUCCUGUGAUUGAUCUGUGCUGAGACCCGUUAGGGUGGACAGAAAAGACUGAGCAUACUGCAGAUUGAGCACAAGACAGAGUUGGCGCCUGAAGUCACACAAGACAAACCACAGUUCAUGUCAUUUUUUGAAGUGCACUGCUUUCAUUUUCUAGAACAAGCAUGUUUUAGUUUUUUCGUUUGAGCUCAUGUUCGAAUACUUGCUAGAUAGGAGGCACUGUGCAAGAUAGGCUGUAGAAGAAAUUCUGGGUGGACUUUUUUGCACAAACCGUGUGCCCGUUGUUGCACUGGGGUAGUCUGCAGUGACCCAGGCAGGCCCGCCCCCUGCCCUUCCAGACCAAGUGUGCAGUCUACAGAUGAAUGACACAAACCUGCUUCUGGUGACAGAGACAGGCACACAUGCAUGUGCAGCUCUAGACACGGCUUAUUUCAGAACUGGAAUAUUGUUGUUAGGUGCCAUCAAGUCAGUCUGACUCAUAGCGACCCGAUGUACAACAGAAUGAAACACUGCCCAAUCCUGUGCCAUCCUCACAAUGCCUGAGUCCAUUGUUGCAGCCACUGUGUCAGUCCAUGUUGUUGAGGGUUGUCCUCUUUUUCGCUGACCUUCUGCUUUUCCAAGCAUGAUGUCCUUCUCCAGGGACUGGUCCCCCCUGACAACAUGUCCAAAGUAUGUGAGAUGAAGUCCCCCCAUCCUUGUUUCCAAGGAGCAUUCUGGCUGUAUUUCUUCCAAAACAGAUCUGUCUAUUCAUUCUUCUGGCAGUCCAUGGUAUAUUCAAUAUUCUUUGCCAACACUACUAUUCAAAGGCAUCAAUUCUUCCUUGGUCUUGCUUAUUCAUUGUCCAGCUUUUGCAUGCAUAUGAGGCAAUUAAAAAUAUCAUGGCUUGGGUCAGAGGCACCUUAGUCCUCAAAGUGCAUCUUUGCUUUUCAGCACUUUAAAGAGGUCUUUUGCAGCAGAUUUGCUCAGUGCAAUGUGUUGUUUGAUUUCUUGACUGCUGCCUCUUCCAUGGGCUUUGAUUGUAGGUCCAGGAAGAUGAAAUUAUUUCUGAGGGUGGUACAAGAGAGACUUCUCAGAGGGGUAUGAUGGGGGCUUAGCAUGGACAAAUGGGGGUCUGAGCAGAAGAGGGGUACGAACAGAGGCUAACAAGCAUGACCAUGUGUGCAGGACCCCUCUCAGGCAUGGGGGAUGUCACUUUUGGUGGGAAGGUUGACUGGGACCCAGUUGUAACUCGGCCUCCUAUGCUGAGGAAUUGUGUCAAGGGCUUCUAACCAGGAGAAUGGCAUGACUGAGUCCAUGUUUAGAGUAGUCACUCUGACAGCAGUACGGGAUGGCUGGGAAGGGGAGCCUCGUGUGGAUCAGGGAGGUGCCACUCUGGAGGUCACUGCCAAAUCCAGUUGGUGUGGGAAUGCAAGGGCAGAAAGCAAUGUGGAAGACAUCCUCAGAUCUAUCUGACAGAAUUUGGAGGGUGAGGAAGAGUGAGAUUUUUUUUUUGUUAGCUUGGAUGACAAAAUAGGCAACUCCAGAAGAGAAAAAACAGGCAGGGAGGGGUUAACAAUGAGUCAUGCCCUAGAAUGUUCAAGACUCACUGCAGUGGAGGGAUGGGAAGACCUGCUGAGUGGCCUAGCAGGCGAUGGGGACCGUCAGUCUAGAGGCUGGGGUGCACAUUUGGGGUAAUCUGCAUGGGGGGAUGGUUGAAGGGGAAGAGUGGGAGAUAGAAUGGCCAGAGAGGAGAGCUGGCCAAAAGUUUUUAUGCAGGAGAGAGGUAAUGAGAAUAAGACCCCUGUCCCCAAGGAGCCUACAGUCUAACAGGAAGCCAUAUGGGGAACGUGCAAUAUAAAAUGAAUAGGAACUAGGAGGCCAUGCACUUGUGUGACUGGCAGAGGUCACAGGACUAGUGCAUCUUUCUGGGGCUCGUGGGUGCCCUUCAAAGGCAGACAGAAAAUGGGGGUGAGCUCAGAGGGAGAGGAGAUGGAAAGGAGUUUCGGGCUAAAGGAACAGCAAGCUGAUUAGAGGAGGCCAGGAGGAUGCAGCCCACGGGAGGUGACCCACUGUCGACUGUGUGUGUGUGUGUGUGUGUGUGUGUGUGUGUGGCGUGUGUGUGUGGCGUGUGGAUGCAUGAAGCGGGAGGAGAGCCCAGAGAGAGGUUCUAAGGUCAGAUGGUAGACAGUCAUGAGUGUCACACAAGGAGCGUCCUGGAGGAACAGGGGGCUCGUGAAGAGUUUUGAAGAGAGAAAAGGUGUGCUGAGACCCGAGUUUCGGGAUCAGGAGCCUCCUGGCCUCUCCAGUCUCCCUACUCAUGUGGCUGCGAAAGCUGGAGCCUGUGUAAGGAGGAAACCUUUUAGAGAAGAAAAACUCAAAUAUUUUCUGCUAACAGCAAUAGAAAAGUGAUGACUGUACCCUGUCAAAGGUGGAAAGCUUUCGAGACCCACAAAGCAGUCCUGUUGAGUUCCAGCUCUCACAGGUUUCACUAUGUAAUAGUCCUGAAGUCUCAGAAACCAAAUCACAACUGAAAUUUUUGGGGCGGGGGGGAGGUAUUGCAUUUUAUCACCACAUUAAACAAUAAUCCCCAGAAUAUUCUUCAAGCCAAGUCCUUACUAAUUUUCCAUAAGGUAAAGCAGAUGGCAUUUUUGAGGAGGGGGGAUAUAAUCUUGGGUACAAAAAGACCUGGAAGUUCAUAUGAAAAAUAGCUUAUGAAACACUUUGACAUGAUCGUCACCCUUUAAAAUGUGAAACAGUAAAUAGCUGUCCAGAUGAUGCCGUUGGGGAGUUAAGGAAUAGCAGCAUCUCCGCACCCUGCCUCAGGUGGUAAGCCACGCUUCUGACCCACCUGCCGGUGGAAAGCUUGCCCGCCCCAGGCUCGGCGAUGCACCUGCUGACCUGUGCUCUCCCUCUCCAGCUCUCUGGCGGCUGCGAGCUGACGGUGGU